AUGGACCGCCUCUAUAUUUAUAUACCUGUCGGACACGGCCCCCGGCGCCGUGCUCGCCGCCCCUGCAACCGCUUCGAGCUGAUUACCAAUGAAGAAUYGGAGGAGGACCCUUCGUUCAAAGAGGAGAGCCUAGACGCCAGGCUCCGAGAGCAGGGUGUAGUGGAAAGCAAGGGUGCAGUGCCUGUAACUGAAGGGACWGAGGGUGACAGGCGGAGGAGUGGAGAAGAUGCAGAUCAGCAGGACCAAACGUCUAUGUCAAGUAACAAGCCACGAAAGAAAAAAAAGAAAAGGAAAACCAAGAAAGCUUCAGCAGGMGAUGCUCUGGAAGACAAUGACCUGGAAGACAUCGACAGCCUUCUGGAGAAGAUCGAGGAUAGCAAUGGGCUGUCRCCACAAACCCAGAGCGGAGUCAUUGCAGACAGCAGGCCUCUGCUCUACGUAGAGCACAGAAACUUGAAUCCAGAGAAUGAGCUGAAGAGAUACUUCGGGGCUCGGGCAGUUCUUGGUGAUCAGAGGCCGAGGCAAAGGCAGCGCCAGUACGUCCGCAGCACGUGGCUCACGGCUCCCAAGAACACCUGGCCUCGCUACAGCAAAACAGGUAUUGCCAUGCAGCUGGUGGAGACCAGGAGGGGAGUGCAGUACUUCACGUUCGAGCACCACCGCGAGUACCAGCAAGUGCAGUUCAAGUUCCUGGAUGCYGUGGAGUCCAUGGAUCCCAACAACAUUGUGCUCUUGCUGCAGAUGAACCCCUACCACGUGGACUCGCUGCUGCAGCUCAGCGACGUGUGCCGCAUGCAGGAGGACCAGGAGAUGGCCCGCGACCUCAUAGAGAGGGCUCUGUACAGCCUGGAGUGCGCCUUUCACCCCGUGUUCAGCCUCACCAGCGGAAGCUGCCGCCUCGACUACCGGCGCCCCGAGAACAGAGCUUUCUACCUGGCUCUCUUCAAACACCUGAUGUUCCUGGAGAAGAGAGGCUGUCCUCGGACAGCCCUGGAGUUCUGCAAGCUGAUUCUGAGCCUUGAUCCRGAGAACGACCCGCUGUGUGUCCUGCUGCUGAUUGAUUUUCUGUCCCUUCGAGCCAGGGAAUACGGCUUCCUGACACGCAUGUUCCAGGAGUGGGAGAGUCACCGGAAUUUAUCCCAGCUCCCCAAUUUUGCCUUCUCGGUUCCGCUGGCCUAUUUCUUCCUGAGCCAGCAGGAGGAGCGCUCGGAGCUGGAGCUAAGCCAAGCCCGGGAGAGAGCUGCCCGGCUCAUCCAGCUUGCACUCAUCAUGUUCCCAAGCGUUCUGAUGCCGCUGUUGGAUCACUGCAGUGUGCAGGCGGAUGCCAGGGUCACGUCCCAUCCCUUUUUUGGGCUGAACGCUCAGAUAAGCCAGCCCCCUGCCCUGAACCAGCUGACAUCCCUCUACGUGGGAAGGACCCACUCCCUGUGGAAGGACCCCACUGUCAUGGCUUGGCUGGAGACCAACGUCCACGAGGUGUUGGGCAAGGUGGAUGCCAGGGACCCGCUGGUGGAGGAGUGUGAGCACAAGAGGAAGAUGCGCUACCAGAGCGCGCCCAGGAAUAUCUACCGGCACGUGAUCCUCUCGGAGAUGAAGGAAGCCACAGCAGCCCUGCCGCUGGAGGUGACGUCGCAGCCGGUAAUGGGGUUUGACCCCUUGCCUCCCUUGGACUCCAUCAUUUCCUACACCAGGCCAGAAAGGACGAAUCAUCCAUCCAACGAAAGCACUUUAUCUCUCUUCUUCCGAUCACUGUUGCCAAAUUUUAACUUGCAGGGCGACAUCAGGCAUGAUGGGGAUGAAGAGGCCGGAGCAGGGCAGGACCUGAACCAGGGCGUGAACCGGCUCAUGGCCGCCAUGCGGGACAUGCUGGCGAACAUCCAGUUUCAGGAGCCCCCGCGGGACGACAAUCCCGAAGGCGAYGCGGACUGGGACUGAGCUGGCGCUGUGGCAGCACGGCUCGCGCUCCUCGCACUCCAAUAAAGUCCCCUCGACCACGGGCGCUGCUCUGGGUGCUCUUUCCUGGGGCUGGGAUGGGGCUCUGCCCAGCAGAGGUGCCUCUUGGCCCGGCACAGGGCUCAGCACGGGGACAGGUACUACCUGAAGAAGCUGGAGCUAAGCCCUAGCAUCCCUCUUCCCUUUCCCUCGCUUUGCUGCCUUGGCRCAGGGCACCAAAGGGUGCCGAGCCAGGGAU